AUGAAAAGAUUUACUGAAAAAGUUGCUUUUGUCACUGGUGGUGCAUCAGGAUUAGGCAAAGCUAUUGCUGAACGUCUUUCAGAUGAAGGUGCAUUUGUGGCAAUAGCUGAUAUAAAUGAAAUAGACGGACAAUCAAUAGCUGAUGCUAUUAAUGGAAUUUUUAUUAAAAUGGAUGUAUCCAAACCAGAAUCAGUUAAAGAUGCCAUUGAAAGUGUUGUUAGUCGGCAUGGGGCAGAUAGCAAAAUUGAUAUUAUUAUUAAUAAUGCUGGUAUAUUAUGCCAGGAAAGUUCAAUACAUGACUGA